CCAGCAACAAUCUUUUCCGCUGCUCAGAGAGGCGAUAAUGCAUUAAUCACACAUCUGAUCUCUACUUCUCGUGCGACAGCAAGCGAUCGUGAUGAAGAAGGUAUCACACCUUUGCAUUGGGCAGCAAUCAAUGCUCAUGUGGCAACGUGCAAGCUAUUGAUCGAUAUGGGAGCGGACAUUGAUUCUUUAGGUGGCGACCUCGUGGCAAGUCCGCUUCAAUGGGCAGCAAGGAAUGGACAUUUGUACGUUAUGCAUACCCUGCUAAGCCAUGGCGCCGAUCCAACCAUCUGUGAUGCCCAAGGAUUCAACACCCUUCAUCUUACAGUGCAUUCUUCAGCUGUAAUGCCACUUGUUCUAUUGCUACAACAUCCUUCUUUCGCUUCAAUCUCUUCGUUGGACUCCCCCGACUCUCAGGGGCACACCCCACUCAUGUGGGCAGCAUAUCAAGGUGAUGCAAUCUCAGUCGACCUCUUACUAGCCCAUGGAGCAGAUGUUCAUCGUUCAGACGCUGCAGGAUUGACACCCAUGCAUUGGGCAGUGGUCAAAGGAAAUCGACUUUGCAUUCGCAAGCUGGCUUUAACGGGAGCAGAUCUUUGGGCAAAAGAGGAAGGGGGUAAAACGCCAAGAGAUUUGGCAGUAGAAUUAAAGAGUAUUGCGUCUUACUCCAAAGCGUUAUCAGACGUAGGAUUUGAAGAAGAUGGAAGAAAGCGAUCCAAGCCGCUAGGGGAAUGGCAAACAAAGUACUGUAUUAUGGUCACUCCCUUCCUUUCGUUUGGACUGAUGUUCAGCACAUUGAAUGUUCUGCCUUGGUUCACUGGUAUACCCCUGGUUCUCGGAGAGUUUUUCGGGAUGCACCACGUUAUCACUCGCGUAUUGCUCGAUCCGAAAGAAUUGGAGAGUAUGCACAAGUCCAACUAUUUCCUGGCGGUUGUUAGCGGUAGUAUUGUUUGGGUUGGAUGGGAGUGGACAAGGAAAUUGGUUUAUUAUACCCCAGGAAUGGCUUAUUGGAAUUUGUUAUUUGCAAUCUCGUUCCUGCUUUGUGGCUGGAACUUGUUCCGCGCUGCUACCUUGGAACCUGGCUAUGCACCUCGACCAACGAAUGAGACGGAUAGACGAAACACGGUCGCAUCACUUAUCAAUGACGGAAGGUUGAAUGGAAUGAAUUACUGCGUUGCAUGUAUGGCCAGACGACCUUUACGUUCGAAGCAUUGUCGUCAUUGCAAUCGAUGCGUUGCACGACACGACCAUCAUUGUCCUUGGGUGAACAACUGUAUCGGAGUCAACAAUCAUCGACAAUUUAUGGUCUUUAUCGCUUCAUUAGUAGUGGGCAUCACUACAUUUGAUUAUCUGGUUUAUCAAUACUACGUUUCCAAUGCGCCACCCUACAUUCCAAAAGUGACAAGCUCAUGCAUUUUGCCUGCAUCAAUUUGUGGAGCAACAGAUUUCGAUGGUUUCCUUUUCAGUUGUAUGCUUUGGGCUACCUUGCAAUUAACAUGGACAAGCGUUUUACUAAUCGCACAUUCUUGGCAAAUCAGUCGACAAAUGACAACAUUGGAAGUAUCAAAUCUUGGACGAUAUGGAUAUAUGGGAGGAAAAGCUGGCAGCAGUAUGUCAAGUCAAACAAGCUUUAUGGAAGCCAGAGCAGAAGCAAUGCGAACCAAUUCAGUCGUUUCAGGUCAACAAGGCAGUGAUGCUGGCUUAGAUGAUGGUAAUGACGCUUCUAGCGCAGGAGGCAAUACCGGUUCUUCGCAUGGACAUAAGCAUGGUUCUUUGCUUGGUGCACUUGGUGGAACGGGAAAUUGGAUUUUGUCGAUUGUUGGUUUGGAUUUGUAUACCAAAGGAAAAGCAGGCGAAGGAUUAAAGAAAGCAAGCCGAAGUCAAAACCCUUUCGAUCAAGGAAUUGUGGUAAACUGCCAAGACUUCUGGACGCGUGGUAGGGCUCUUGGUGUACGAUAUGAACAACUUUAUGAUGUUCCUUCA